UAGACUGUUCUCAGUGUCUAUCUUGAUCUGUGGAGUGUGAACGAAAUUUCAAAUACACUUCGUUUGCUUUUUAAAGGCAAAUGAAAUUUAUGUAACGGCCCUAGUUUCGUUCUAUGAUCACAUAACCCAACUACACAGGAAAACGGCCUCUACAUUACACAUUAGAAAUUCAAUUCAAUUUCCAAAAAUAUCGCGUCGUGCCAUUUUCCAUUUUAAGGCGUUGCGAAAGUGGAAUGUUUGGAACAAUUUUCUAAACUGGGAAGCGUCAGAUCAUAUAUCGACUACAUCGACGUAAAGAGGUAAGACUUCAUGCUCUUUGCGAAUGAUUUUUUUGUUCUAUAACCUUUUUGUUUGUUCGUUAAUCACUAAACAGGUGAGCGGUCGUAAAGUAAAUGCGUUCUGUCGAAUGGAAGACAUUUGUAGAUUUAUUAUGAUUAUACGGGUCGUCGACAACGGAACUGGAAGUUUUAUAGAAAAUUUCACAACCAAGAGGAGUUCUUGGACCUUAUUGUCUUCUUUUUUCGACAGUAUUUUGUGAAAAAAAAACUGUGAUUUGGACUGUCUCUGUGCCUAGAUUUCCACUGAACACCAAGAGAGAGAAUCGAAAGUUUGGCAUCCGAAGUAAGUUUAGCUUGGGCUUAGAUUUGACACAAAGCUUUAAAUUUCUUAUUCCUUCAGCAGUGCUUGGCAGUAUGUGUUUAGUGAGUUUAAAAUUUAUCUAGCUAAUUGAUAUUAUCACCGCAUUACUUUUGCUAUAUUGGUAGUACAUUUUCUUGUUCUUUCAAGUUUUUACAUUAAUUCCCCUGAGAAUUUUCAUUCGAGCAGACGUGAUUGCUAAUGACUUGUCUGCGUUGUGUUUUUGGCAGGACUUUAAUCCGAGAUGGCGAAAGGCAGAGUAACUGAAGUGGACAAGGCAAGAGGGACAAUUUCAGAAGAAUCUCCGUCGAAACAGAAUCCCAGCGAGGAUCGACGUUUCUCUCUUAGAAGGAUUUUUGGGCGUUCGAAAAGCUACAAAGGCGAAAACUCGACAGACAAGUUUACAAGAAAAAGCAGUACUGAUUCAUUAGCUGUUUGCCCUGUUUGCUACGCUAUGAGAUCGAAAUCUCUUUUUCCAGAAAUUUCAACAUGUGAACACAGGUCUUGCUUCGAGUGUCUUAGACAGUACAUGACAAUUGAAAUCAAUGAGUCAAGAGUUAAUUUAACUUGUCCGGAAUGCUCAGAACGAUUUCAUCCCAACGACAUAAAGCUAAUUUUGAACAACGAUGCCUUAAUGGCCAAAUAUGAUGAAUUUACUUUACGGAGAACAUUAGUUGCAGACCCUGAUUGCCGAUGGUGUCCUGCCCCAGAUUGCGGCUAUGCUGUCAUUGCAUCUGGGUGUGCAAGCUGUCCAAAAUUGCAAUGUGAACGACCCGGUUGCAACACAGAGUUUUGCUACCACUGUAAGCAAAUCUGGCAUCCUAAUUUGACUUGUGACUCGGCAAGAAUGCGACGUGCCACUCACAUCAAGUCAAUUUCAGGAUCUGAGGGCCGCAAUUCAAAUGGCUCAGAUGACAUGAAGCCAUGUCCUAGAUGUGGCGCUUUUAUUAUCAAAAUGGACGAUGGCUCAUGUAAUCACAUGACUUGUGCAGUUUGUGGUGCAGAGUUUUGUUGGUUAUGCAUGAAGGAAAUUUCAGAUUUGCAUUACUUAAGGUGAGGCAAUAUACUUAGCUGCAUGUAAAGGAAAAUUUGGAGGCAUUUAAAUAAGAUGCCUUUUUCUCUAAAAAAAAUAUUGCAUGUAUGGUGCCUGUUACUUUGGUUAUCCUAUCUACUACUACAGAACACCCUAACUGCACCAAAUACAUUUAACUAUGAUACAGACACCUGUUUAGUGCAGACACUUGGGUGUCUGGCAUUGUUAUCUGUUUUAAGGAGGGGGACAUUGGGGGCUACUCAAUACCUCAAUACCAUGAGAAAAAUUGGCAAAUACCAUGCCAAAAAUUGAUGAAGUACCGAUACCGCAGUUAUGACCAUCUCACCUGUUUGUUUAUCUCAAGCAUGAAUGCACCAGCAAUCAACCUCAGCCAUUGCGUGAAAACGCCAGAAGACCUCAAAUUGAUCAGUACAAUGAUAAAAAAGCCCAGGCAUUUGAUGCCCUACCAAUUUCAUCAUAGAUUAUCUGUCAGAAAUUGUGUAAUCAUUUACCAUUUUAUAGUUGUAAGUCUUAAAAAUGUUGACCUGCUUUAGACAGGAGAGAGCAAGUGAACAGUACCCCAAUAAUUCCGGGAACGGUCUUCUUUUACUGAAUACCAAUACAGCACAUCAAAAUCAAAGUUACCAAUCAGAAAUACUGCUUGGAAAAAAAGCUCAAUACAGUUUGACCCCUUCAAGGGAGUGUGACUAUACAGUGGAACAUUUAUAGGCCCGGGAGUCGGGGAUUUUCACCAGCUGUAAGGAGCAUGACCGUUGGCUACUUUAUAGAAAACAGAAAGAAAAUACAUGUUAGGAUGUAGAACCAAAAGAACUCCCAAGCUGUUCAAUUCCCCUUUCCUGUAAAUUCAAUUCCACCAUCACUUGAACCUUGGGGGAAAAACACCUAAACACUCUUCUUUUCCUAAAAUAUAUCUUCAAACUGUGCUCUAAGAUACAGAAGUCAUUCUUUUAUACUUUGUAGCCCAUCUGGUUGCACUUUUUGGGGUAAAAAGCCUUGGAGUCGUAAGAAGAAGAUCCUAUGGCAAAUGGGAACUCUCAUUGGUGCACCCCUUGGUAUUGCCUUGGCUGCAGGAGUGGUACUACCUGCCAUGGUGAUUGGUAUCCCUGUGUAUGUUGGAAGACAGGUAGGGAUUAAGAGCACAGAGUUAUAGUUGGCUGACUGAAACAACAGCAUCCCGAAAGACUGACAAAAAUUUCUUGCACCAAAUCUUUUUAGCCACUGGUUUGGUGUUUGCAAGUGGAUAUUAGGGACUUAAAACAAAUCACUAUGGCGACCUAUAAUGGUGGUCGUGGAUGCAGAGUCCUGGGGAGAGUACAUUACUUUAAGCAAGCGGCACCCAAACAGUGACCAUGGGGUUUCUCUCUCAUUUGCUUUCGCUGUUAAUAAAAUGCAGGGAAGAUGUAAUCACUGGAAACCAGAAGCAUCAAAAACUUUCUUGAUAAAGUGAAAAACAACCCAUGAUAGGUUUUAAAACCAGUGAUUGUAAAAAAUAAGAGAAAAGUUGAAUUUUAUACUCACGUGGGAGCAACUACGCCACAAGGCAGGUCUUUAUUUUGUAGGAUUUGGCAUUACACCGAAAGAUCAUGUCCAAGCAUGCACAUUGAGUCAUUUUUUGGCUUUUUUACUUCUGGCCUUCAUAGUAGAGGUCGCUAUGGUUAUUUGCUUAAAGUCCUUAUUUUGUCAGUCACAGAUAAUGAUCAGCAAUAUUGCGGGAUGUAGCUAAGGAAAAGAUAAGAAGGCUUUUUCAUUAGUCCAGCUGGCAUUUUUACUCAACUCCACCUUCAGAAAUUGCAUUUCUUUGUUUCCCAGACCAAUAUGAGACUGUGGUAAGCUCUUUUUCAGCUGGUGAAAUUAGCCAGCAGCCAGCCCUUAGCCACACCUGUAAAUUACUGUUGGUCCUAACACAGUAGAUGGGCCAGGGGAUGGAGUGGAGAGUACUGCCAGGUGUUAUUUAUGGGAAAUUGUUUAGUAGUAAUGAAGAUUUAAGUUUCUGGUUCAUAGUCUGGCUUGAUGCCCAGUCAAGAAAGUUAGCAAAGUCAACUGCAGUGCUAAAUAUUAAGGGUCCCAGCAGCACACGUAGACCCCAGGCUCCUAAAAAUGCGAAUAGCAAUCAACAUCAAUUUUCUCCUAACGAUAUCCAUACACUGUCAAGAGAUGCAGUUAUGAGAAUCAAUAAAAUGAUCACUAGAGGUAAAAUUUCUUGAUCUUUUAUCAAGUUCUCUCAACUUAUACUUUAAGGAAGUGAAUAGAGAUCAGUUUGGACAGUUUGUAUGUGGAUACUGGGGUUUAAGUUUUUCAACAAACAUUGUCUGUCCUUUUUUGGAAUUCAGCCAGUGAAACCCAUCCUUGUAUUUGCCAUUUGUUUGACCAUGUGAAUUAAGAAAAAAACAAACAGUCUUCUCUUUUUUUCUUAUAGGCUUUUUUAGCCUUACUUAGUGUUCACAGUCAAGUAUUGCAAUUCACAGGAGUUGACAAGUUUUUGCUUUCAUUGUUUUGACCAUUCACUUGAUGUUUGACACUUGUUUUCCCAGUUGAAAGUGACUUUUCCAUGUGGGCACCAAGUAGUGACAAAACAAAAAUUUUGGUUGCCUGGUGGCAAAUUUUAGGUGCCAAAAAAUGUCUGCAGAAUUAAUUGUGACUAACAGUAUUGAAAAACAUUAAAAGAUGUUUUUGAUACAGAAAUCAAAUUUCUUUACACAAAAAGUCUUCUUAAAAUGUAAACAUGAUAAUGAAAGAUCUAAAAAGGCAACAACUCAUGCAAUCAAGGAUAGAAGCAUGACAUGUAAUUCCAGAGGGUUGAAAUCAUUUUGAUUGACAAAGAAUUUCACUUAUAAUUAGGUAAAUCACUGUGAGUUUUAGCAGGUCUCUCCUUCAAUUCAAAAUACAAGCCUGACACAAUAGCUACUUAGCUAUUAGCUGCUGGCUAAUGGCCAUAAAAUGCUCAUCAUAUUAAUAGUUCCUUAAGCGGGGGUUGUAACAUUAACAAGGCAAAAAGUUAGUUGCAUCCUGUCAACCUGUUGUGAAAGUCUGGUCAUCAGCACUCAAGUUCUAGUUGCCGUGGCAACCAGGAGGGCUCAUUAACAUUAUUAUCGAGCCAGAGUUUGGCCCUGUUCGCACUGCAAGUUUUUUUGUUUUGCAAAAAACCUGUCAACAGUGAGCUGAUAAAUUCUAGUGUAAACGGUUUUUUUCACCGACCAAAUUUUCUCAAGUGCCCCAUGUUUUGAGGCCUACAGUUUUUUGUCAGUGAUGAAAUUCUUUCUUCCUUGACAGCUAUCCUUCAACUGGUCUUCUAAUUUUGCAAACUUGACCAAUAAUAGUUCCUUUAAUUGAUGUUUUUAGUUAAAUUAAAACUUUUGCGUACCUCAGGUGCGAACAAGGUUACAAAGACAAAAAUUUGGUAACUACAAACUUCUCAAUUUUUUUGAAAAUGCCAAACUCUAUUUUCUGUUGUAGUGGAAACAGGACCUAUGCAGACUGUAUUUUAUGCUAAUACAUGUCAUAGCACUCAAAAAGUCCCGUCCAAUAUUCCGGGACAAGUAGAUUUUUGUGCUGGGCAAGUACAUGUGCCUUAAAAAGCAUGGGAAAAUGUGAGAGCUGCGUGCCCAAAGGACAUGCUGGAAUUCAAGUUUUUUUCGAGCCCUGUGUACAUUACAUGCAUUUAACCAUUUGCUACUCACUAAAAAUUUAAAAUAGGAUUUAAAACCAUUGUAAUUAUUUUUCUUUAGGGAAGCAAAAGGGGUGUGCUGUUUUCUGAAUACUGGUAACCCAACUUUUUUUUCGUUCAGAUCCAUGACAAGUAUGACAAACCUUAUCAGUCAAGACGGAAACGUCACUUGGCCAUCACAGGGGCAGUGACAGUAUCAAUCAUAGCAGCACCUAUUCUCGCCGCACUAACAGUUGGGGUUGGGGUGCCAAUAGCUCUAGGUUACAUCUAUGGAGUGGUUCCAAUAUCUCUAUGCCGAAGUGGUGGGUGCGCCACGGUAACCAAUAUCAGAAAUGGUAAAGGAGUGAAUCUUGACUUUGAUGAAGAUGGUGAGCCUUCCACAGGGAUGCCAGGGGUUGUAGGAGCAUUUGGUACUUCUCGUUCAAGCAGCAGAAGCAGCAUGCGUGGAGGAGAUAAGGGCUCCACCACUGGAGUUGUGACUGUUGUGGCUACUGUUAACAACAGAGGAGCAGGUAUGUGAAUUAUUAAGCUCCUUCAUUCUCUUUCCGCUUUUUCUGUACUGCGUGAUAGAGGGCUGAUGAAUCCACUUUAAGGCAGGGUUCAUACAGAACCUGGAAAGUCAUUAAAUUUGAGAAUUUCAUUUUUCCAGGCCUUGAAAGUCAUGGAAAAUUAAAGUUCUCUUUGGUAGACUAUGUAAAAUAGAGGCACAGCACAGAGGGCACACAUUUUGGAUGGACACCAUGGGUUUAUGUCUGUUGAACUGAGUUAGGUCAAAAAUACCCUAAAACAGGGAAAGUUUUGAAAAUUUUGUUAGGAGUUGUAAACCCUGUAAGGUUGCUUGAAAGGCCAUAGGGGCAUUAUCAGUGAUAUUUCCUUGCUGAGUGGCAUUGGGCUGCUGCAGAGUACAUGUAAUGCAUGACCUAGCUUAACUCCAUAGAAUUCUUCCAAAGGCUUCCAAAUUGAAAGUGCAGUUGCUUUUUAUUAACAACCAAGGGACACUUGCACAGUGUUCAUCUGAAUCUGUGAACACUUUGAGCCCGUAGAGCCUUAAUGAGUGUUUUUUUUGGCUUCAAAAUGGGCGUGCGAGUCAUAGAUAAAAUAGUAGAACUACCUGGUAAUUGCUAACGCACGCCUGUUAUAUUUUGUUGGUACGAGUGUUCGCAUGCUGUGUUUUUUUUUUAUGUAGUGUGGCAGACGGAUUUGUAACCCCUUUUAUAAUCCUCAUGAAGGCUGUUAAAUGCAGCCAAAAUAUAGGUUCACCAUGUUAAGAAACAUCUGGUGUCCUCAUUUGUGAUGGAUAUAUUAUUAUGUUAUUUAAUUAUUAUUAUUUUUUCAAUACUGCUUUAUUUGUUCAUUAAAAGGUGACUGUUACAUACAGUUGUCCCAAAUUGCUCUUGAUUUUUUAUACUGAUUUUGUCUUCUGUUUCUCCUAUAGACACGGAAAGUGGCAAACAACCCAGUAUUAGUAUGAGUCAGGACUGCUCUAGCUUAGACAGUAGCACCAUUGGACCCCGAGGGGGAGGUGAUGGUGACAGUCAUGCCUCACUGAUUCCUGGACCCCGUAGUUGCACUGUCAGCAUCGCAAGUAGCUUUGACAAUUUUAACAUCAACAAUUGUGAUGGUUUUGCUACGACAUCUUCAAUUGCAGAGGCCAUGGUGGCAGACGAUAUAGUUGAACAAACCUCAGUUACUAACAUAUCCCAUCAUGGUAGUACUGUGGACAAAGACAGUUUAUCAGUUUUGGAAAGUGUUGGUAGUAAUGAAGAUGAUUAAUUUGUUACACACUUUAUCUAGCGCAGUGUUUUGUCUAUGCAUGUGCACAAACAAGUGGGGUUUCUUGUGCUCUUUUGUGUUUUAAGCAUUCCAGGGUUCUCAAUAGAUUUUUAUGUAGGAGGUGAUCACUGAUAAAGUAGGAGGCUCUUCAGCAAAGCCAGAGGUGUCAAAACAAAGCAAAGAAAAGCGACUUAAACACAAAGUAAGCUAUCAAAUCGUCAUAUUGAAACCCUAUGAUGUUGAAAUAUGAUGUUACAGGUAUUUUGCAAAUCCCACCAUUUUGAUAUGCUCAAAUGAACUAAAAUUGCUGGUUUUUGUACUGGGAUAUUAUUAAUGUAAAUGAAUUAAUGUUAAUUAACACAUGAAAUGUAAAGUUAAAUAUUUUUUAUAAUUUCCGUAAUUAUUUUGUACAUUCUGACUUUUCAUUUUGCUUUAGUCAUCAUUCAGUAAGAUGUACCAGUAGUAAUAUUUCUGCCAUUAGAAUAAUAUUAAUUAUCAUAGAAGAGGAGUUAUAUUUAUUUGAUGAAAAUGAUAAUUUAUCUUAGGUGAGUUUUUUCUUCAAUUAAGUGUACAUAAUUUAAGUUGUCAUUUGUGUUUUCAUAGAAUUUUUUUGUUUCCUUGACUGCACUUUCCUGUUGCAUUUUUAAUGAGCAAGCAGUUAUUGUUUCUUGAUGUUUUUUUUUUCUAACAAACAUUUACAAAUUGCAUUAUGUUAAUUAAUUUGCAUACAGGUUAAAAACUUUGGAAGCUUUAUCAAUGGUAAUGUGGCAUGCAUGGACAUAAUAAAUGCUAUAACUUUUUGUUUAUCGUGGAAUUGAGAAGAAUGAUUAUGGUUUUAAACUAUCGAUGGUAAUUGUGUUGUAUAAUUAGGUUUAUAUAUAUCCAUGACUGCCCUGAUUCAUGAGGAAGUCAGGCAGGUGCUGAGAGCACAUUUGAAUUUACAAUCUUCAAUGUUCCUUGGAUGAACUUUUAUCUUGUUCUCAAUCUCAUUAAUAAUAGAUUAAGGUAUUUAAGACAAAGGAGUUUUUGACGACCUUUAGUGUGGAUUCAUUUGUAUCAUAUAUACGCGUAUACAGGGUCCGAAAUUGCUCCUUCUCGGUCGCCAAUGCGACCAAAAAUUCAGUUCUGGCGACCAGAAUUUCAUAGCCGGUCACCAGCUGGCGACUUGUGAAGCUGGUUGUUAUUGUAGACUUUCACGUUCAGAGAAAAUGAUUAGGAAUUGAAACCUCAAAGCUAUUUGCCAACAGGGGCGUACUUUUUGUCCUGCUGAAAUUUUUUUAAUUUAAAAGUGAAACGAAUCUUCCUGUAAAUAUACCUCCACAACAGCUACGAUCAAUACGAGUUGAACGUUUCCAAGCCGCCAAGGGGAAUUUUUGGCGACCAUAAUUUGCCCUCUGGCGACCAAAAAUUUAUUCUUGUUCACCAGUUGGCGCCCAUAUUAAAAAGUUAAUUUCGGACCCUGGUAUAGCCUUCACAUUUGCCCCGUGGAAUUUUUUAUUGUUUUUGAGUUUUAUUUUUUUCUUAAUAAAUAAAUAAAUUGCAACAGGCAAAUGUGAUGGCUAGACAUGUACGUGUAUGCUGCAAAUGAAUACCCACCCACAUUAGGAUAAUUGGUCAUUUGGUAAUAUCCAGCCUGUCUGGAUAUUUGUUGAAACACUGCCUCAUGUUUCAUGUAUUUACUAUCAAUAAAAGGUUUAUGGAAAAAGAAAGGAAAUCACCUAAGUGCCACAAAAAUAAACACGUUUUGUGGAAAAUUUCUUUUGCUAAGUGUUUUAAAUGGUAUCCAGACACCUUACAGCCGAAUUAAUUGCAAAAGCAAAGGAUGUGGCUUUAAGCUACCCACUUUGUGUUUGACAUUGGUUUUAAAACUUCAUGACUUGAAAAAUCUUGUGGAGUUACCAAAUUUUAUUGUUACAGUUUACUUGGAUAUCAGGAGAUUUAAUAGUCUUGCAAUCAAAUUUCCAUUAGCUAAACUUAUGGUUUCUCAUGUAUGUAGAAUCCUACUGUAAUAUACAAUCUUUUCAAUUGUCUGUAGUUAUUGAUAACAAGAACUUAUUCCUGCAGUAAAAGCAUAUUAGUUUGUACACACACUGUAGAUAGUCAUUCUUCCUCGCAUC